GCUAUCACUAAGAAAAAUAUUACACUGAAAUGCUUCUAUAUGCAUACAACUUCCAAUCCUUUUGUACUACUUCAUCUUAAUUUUCAUGGGUCUAAUUCUUCAUUUCAUUUCAGUACUUCUUGGCUGCUUAAUUCCAUCUCUUCUUGGUCAAGUUUCAGAGUUUGUAAGUAUAGACUGCGGGGGAAGAAGUGAUCAUACUGACUCUAAAACCGGCUUACCAUGGGUUACGGAUUCUGGGCUCAUUGGCCAUGGGACAUCGGUAGAGAUUGAGAAUCUGAAUGGAACCUCAAUUCAAUAUCAAAGGCGAAGAGACUUCCCUAUAGAUAAUAAAAAGUAUUGUUAUACUUUGAAUACUACAGAAAGAAGGCGAUAUAUAAUCCGUGCCACGUUUUUGUAUGGUAGUUCUGAUAGUGAAAACACAUACCCGAAAUUUCCGUUAUAUUUGGAUGCAACUAGAUGGGCGACCAUUAGCGUGUUGGAUGCAUCAACAGUAUAUAGUAAAGAGAUGAUCAUUAGAGCACCUUCGAGUUCAAUUGAUGUGUGUUUGUGUUGUGCCACAACCGGUUCUCCUUUUAUAACCACGCUUGAGCUCCGGCCAUUAAAUCUUUCUAUGUAUGCUACUGAUUAUGAGGAUGAUUUCUACUUAAAGGUAGCAGCUAGAGUUAACUUUGGUGCUGCAAGUGCGGAAGCUAUAAGGUAUCCAGAUGAUCCAUAUGACCGGAUAUGGGAUUCUGAUCUUGCAAAAAGGCAGAACUUUCUUGUAGGAGUGGCUGCAGGCACAAAAAGGAUUAAUACAACAAAGCAAAUAAACACAAAUACAAGAGAAUACCCACCUGUGAAAGUCAUGCAAACUGCUGUUGUAGGCACUCAAGGGACUCUAAGCUACAGAUUAAAUUUGGAAGAUUUCCCUGCAAAUGCUCGAGCAUAUGCAUAUUUUGCAGAAAUUGAGGAUUUACCUGAAAAUGAGACACGAAAAUUCACGAUGAAUGAGCCAUACGUACCUGACUAUAGCAAUGCCGUGGUGAAUAUCGAAGAGAAUGCUAAUGGAAGCUUCACGUUAUACGAACCAAGUUAUAUGAAUGUCUCGCUAUCUUUUGUACUGUCCUUUUCUUUUAGAAAGACACAAGAUUCCACACAGGGACCACUCAUGAAUGCAGUUGAAAUCAGUAAAUAUGUACCAAUUUCCUCAAAGACUGACAAAAAAGAAGUGAAUGUUCUUGGAGCCUUUCGCUCAAUGCUUGACAAUCGGGAAUUGAUCGAAGAAGGUGAUCCAUGUGUUCCUGCUCAGUGGGAAUGGGUAACUUGUAGCUCAAAUAUUCCUCCCAGAAUCACCAAAAUCUUAUUGUCAGGUUCAAAUUUGGAAGGUGAAAUACCACCAGCCAUAAAAGACUUGCAAGGGUUGAUAGAGGUGUGGUUAAACGGGAACUCACUCAAUGGGUCGAUCCCUGAUAUGAGCAACCUUGACAAAUUGACAAUUAUACAUUUAGAGGACAACAAGUUGACUGGUCCUUUACCAUCUUACUUUGGUAGCUUGCCAAACUUAAAAGAACUGUACGUACAGAACAACUAUCUGUCUGGGGACAUCCCUCCAGCAUUAUUAUCUGGAAAAUUAAUUUUUAAUUACGAAGGUAAUCAUGGUCUACGCAAGCAUGGGAAGAAAAAGUCACAUUUCAAGUUAAUUUUGGGAAUUUCAGUUGGAAUACUUGCAGUUGUAUUUAUUCUGUUCAUAGGAAGCUUGUUUGUAUUACGUUAUUUUGGGAGAAAACCACCUACUCAAAGAAGUGAAGAUAAAGGAGCAAUUUCUUCACGCAAGAGCAUACUAGGAUCAACGGGCUACUCAGUUGCACGAGGUGGCAGUUUGAUGGAUGAAGGAGUAUCAUACUACUUUUCACUUGCUGAGAUAGAGGCUGCUACGAGUGGGUUCUCAAAAAAAAUUGGUAAAGGAAGUUUUGGCCCUGUAUAUUAUGGAAAAAUGAAAGAUGGAAAGGAGGUGGCAGUUAAAAUGAUGGCCGAUUCAUCUAGCCAUGGAGCCCAACAAUUUGUUACCGAGGUUGCUCUCUUGUCAAGAAUUCACCAUAGAAAUCUAGUCCCCUUAAUAGGCUACUGUGAAGAAGAUCAUCAUCGGAUGCUAGUAUACGAGUACAUGCAUAAUGGAACAUUGCGAGAUCAUAUACAUGACAAGGUGAACAAGAAGCACGUGGACUGGAGAGCUCGUCUACGUAUUGCAGAAGAUUCAGCCAAAGGUCUCGAGUAUUUGCACACUGGAUGCAAUCCAAGUAUUAUUCACCGGGACAUCAAAACUAGCAAUAUUCUUCUAGAUAUUAAUAUGAGGGCUAAAGUAUCAGAUUUUGGACUUUCGAGGCAGACUGAGGAAGACUUGACACACAUAUCAAGUGUGGCAAGAGGAACUGUUGGCUACCUUGACCCUGAAUACUACGCCAACCAACAACUAACUGAGAAAAGUGAUGUCUAUAGUUUUGGGGUUGUUCUGUUAGAGCUUAUCUCAGGAAGAAAGCCUGUAUCUCCUGAAGAGUUCGGAGCUGAUUGGAGCAUUGUUCACUGGGCAAGGUCUCUGGUUCGUAAGGGGGAUGUAGUGAGCAUCAUAGAUCCUACAUUAGCACAGGAUGUGAAAAUCGAGUCUAUAUGGAGAAUUGCAGAAGUAGCAAUCCAAUGUGUGGAACAGCACGGGUAUUCUAGGCCAAGGAUGCAAGAAAUCAUAUUGGCCAUACAAGAUGCAAUCAAGAUCGAAAGUGGAAACGAUGGCAAGCUAACCUCAGAAAGUUCAAGAGGACAAUCUUCACGGAAAACGUUGUUAACUACCUUCCUCGACAUUGAUAGCCCAGACCUUUCUAAUGAUUGCCUAAUACCUUCUGCUAGAUGAUAUCUAGGCAGUGUGGUGCAUACUCAUCAUCCAAUAUAACUCUGAACAAACCCAUACAUAAACCUCGAUCUCUUUUUUUUUUCUUAGAGUUUUUCUUGUGGAAAAGUUGACUCUUAUAUAUAUAGCAAGACCUUUGAAAUUAAAAACUUUUGUUAAUUGAUGACAUUCAUGCUAUAAUAACUGAUCGAUGGCAUGUUAGUAUGUCACACUAUAAUAA